AUUUUGACAAUUGUGAACAGCACAUUCACACUGAAGCAGCAGUGCGGUUGCCGAAUCUGAUUUGCCAAAGUUAGUUUUUGCAAAAUUAUUUGGUUUUUGUAGUAAUUAAGAAAAAAGUGUAAAAAUUAUAAAAUGGCAUUACGUUAUACUCAACGUUUACUACAAAAUCAGGUUCCGUUUCUGGCUCGUGGCUAUCCCCUACUGGUGACCAAGGAAAAAGGCGAAGAUGUGGCCCAUACGAAAUCGGCUCUGCAAAAGAAAUGGACCGGUGUUGAUAAGCCAUCUGCACAAUAUGGAGGUCGUCACGCGGUCACAAUGCUGCCAGGAGGUGGUAUUGGUCCCGAACUAAUGCACUAUAUUCGCGAGAUCUUCAGUUUCGUCGGCGCACCCAUCGACUUCGAAGUGAUAGACAUCGAUCCUUCUACUGAGGGCAAUCACGAUUUGGAAUAUGCCAUAACUUCAAUUAAACGUAAUGGUGUCGCCAUUAAGGGUAAUAUUGAAACGAAGUCGCAGGGCUUGGAUGAGGUCUCACGUAAUGUUGCCAUUCGUAAUGAACUCGAUUUAUAUGUCAAUGUUGUACAUUGUCGCGCAUACCCCGGUAUUCCUUCGCGCCACAAGAACAUCGAUAUAGUAUUGAUACGUCAAAACACUGACGGUGAGUAUGCCAUGUUGGAGCACGAAUCCGUGCGCGGUGUAGUUGAGAGCAUGAAGGUAGUUACGGUAGAGAAUGCUGAGCGUGUAGCACGUUAUGCAUUUGAAUAUGCGCGCCAGAACAAUCGCAAGAAGGUCACCACCAUACACAAGGCCAACAUUAUGAAAUUGUCCGAUGGUCUUUUCCUUGAUGUUGCCAAAAAUGUCCACAAGGAAUAUCCUGAAAUCGAGCAUAACAACAUGAUUAUCGACAACACAUGCAUGCAGUUGGUGUCUAACCCACAUCAAUUCGAUGUAAUGAACAUGACCAAUUUGUAUGGCACCAUUGUUUCCAACGUUAUUUGCGGAUUGAUUGGUGGCGCAGGUCUGCUCUCUGGUGCCAACUAUGGCGAUCACUUCGCUGUAUUUGAACCUGGCACCCGUAAUACUGGUACAGCUAUUGCUGGAAAAAAUAUUGCCAAUCCAGUGGCCAUGAUAAGAGCCAGCGCUGCUAUGUUGAAUCAUUUAGGACACAAAGAGCAUGCGCGUGUUAUUUAUGAGGCAACAUAUGAAACUCUUGUUAAUGAUGGCAUUCGCACACCAGAUGUGGGUGGCACCGCUUCCAGUACUGAUGUUGUGGAAAAUAUCCUGAAAAUUUUGUCCACGAAGCGCGUGAAUUGGCCCCAAGGACAAUAUUGCGACUAAGUUUGAAAAGAAUUAGCGUACCUUAGUUUAAGCCGUUUAAAAAUUACAAAACUCGGUCUUUUAUUGUUGCUGUGUGACCGUUGCUGAUAUGUAUUAUGUAUAUUUAUGUUAACACAAACAAACAAAAAAAGUUAGGCGCCAGCAUUCAACUCACUGCAACUAAGCCAAUUGGUAUUAAAAUCCACAACCUGGUAUUAAAUCAAAAUUAUAAAGCAUAAUCCGACGCCUGAGCAUAGCUGCCAAUAUAUUAUUAAAGCGAUUUAUUAAGUGCCCGCUUUGAUGUUCAAUCCUUGGUCCGUUUGUGCGCUACUAAUGAUAAACCGUGUCACAAACUCCUCUGUUACUUCUUGUGUUGCGUGUCAGCGUAUGAGGUUAUUGGAGCAGCAGAUUUAAUAAUGCAACCUGGAGUGUGGCGCGCAAAUCGAAACAAAAACUUAUUUUAAUGCAGCUUUUGUGAUGCGUUUUAACGUUUGCUUGACUCAAUAUUUGUUUAACUAGCCUUUUCCGAAAUAUUUAAAUGUAUUAAGUACCUACAAGAUAACUUAGCGUUAUUCAUAAUGCAAGUUGAUUUGGUGACAUCUCCUUAUAGUUUUAAAUUGUACUAGAAUUUUCAAAUUUUGACUGCUUUUACUCAACCGAUUGCCGAUUGUGAAGUGAUUGCAUAAAGUUUUACAUAUUUUUAUUUUUUAAAUUUAUUUAUUUAUAAACAAACCGAAGAUUAAGAAUGUCAUUGUAAUCUAAACCAUUGUAUUUGAGGAAAAAUAUGAGCGAAAACCUUUGGUCGUUUCAAUAAAGCAACUGUAUACAAUAUUA